AUGGUGCAGCAGUGCAAACAGGUGCUAGAAGCGGAUGCGAUCCGGAGGAGCAAAGCACCUCCCUUGAAUGCGGACGUGAAGGCGGCACUGCAAAAGGUUCAAGAGGAGCACAAGAUCGAGCAAGGGAAGCACCGAGCGGACGUCGCAGCGCAGGUUCAAGCAGCCUUGCGCAAGCUGGAAGAGCUGCACGAGACGCAACUGCAGCGCGUGCACGAGGGCCAGAGGAGUUUCUACAGACAGCAGGAGGAGCUCCUCAGCGUUUGCAAGAGGCAGGAAGCGGCGCUGUGGCAGCAGAAGAUCGAGCAAGGCAGGUUCGAAGAGGAUGUGAUAGUACUGGAAGCGGAGCACAAGCAACACAAGAUGGAACAGACCAGCUUCAACAAUCUUGUAGUGGAAAAGAUGGAUAAGCAGCGAGAGGAGCUCCUCAGGCAAACGGUGCGGCAAGGCAGGUUCGAAGAGGAUGUGAUAGUCCUGGAAACGGAACUGCGCGAGCUGCAAGAGCAGCACAAGAUAGAACAUAUGCGCUUCAAUAAUCUUGUAAUAGGAAAGUUGGAUCAGCAGCGAGAGGAGCUCCUCAACGUUUGCAAGAGGCAAGCAGCGUUGCAAGGCAGGCUCGAAGAGGAUGUGAUAGUCCUGGAAGCAGAACACAAGCAGCACAAGAUGGAACAGACCAGUCUUGUAAUGGAAAAGAUGGAUAAGCAGCGAGAGGAGCUCCUCAACAUUUGCAAGAGGCAAGCCACGCUGCAAGACAGGCUUGAAGAGGAUGUGAUAGUCCUGGAAGCGGAACACAAGCAGCACAAGACGGAACAGACUAGCUUCAACCGUCUUGUAAUGGAAAAGAUGGAUAAGAAGCUCCUCAACGUUUGCAAGAGGCAAGUGGCGUUGCAACGCAGGCUCGAAGAGGAUGUGAUAGUCCUGGAAGCGGAACACAAGCAGCACAAGAUGGAACAGACCAGCUUCAACAGUCUUGUAAUGGAAAAGAUGGAUAAGCAGCAAGAGGAGCUCCUCAGCUUUUGCAAGAGGCAAGCAGCGUUGCAAUGCAGGCUCGAAGAGGAUGUGAUAGUCCUGAAAGCGGGACUGCACGAGCUGGACGAACAAACGCGCUUCAACAAUCUUGUAAUGGAAAAAUUGGAUAAGCAGCAAGAGGAGCUCCUCAGCAUUUGCAAGACCCAGGAAGUGGCACUGGAGCAGCUCAAAUUCAAGCAAGGCAGGCUCCAGAAGGAUGGGUUAGUCUUGGAAGUGGAACUGCGCAAGCUAGAAAAGCUACAGAAGGAGGAACAAGGGAGAGUCGAACGACAGUUCAAUCUUGCAAAGCAAAGUAUGGAUGUUGCAAAGGAAAGGAUGGAUGUCAACCACGGCUUGACAGGCGAGAUCCUCAAAAGGCUUCUAUGCGAGUCCAGUGAGGCAUUGUGCAAGAUCCAAGGUCUCAAGUCUUUGGACAAGCUUGAGAAGUCGCCCACGAAGAUCUCUUUGGAAGCGCGUCGCAGGAUCGGGCUAAAGAUGGCAUCGAAGAUCUUGCAAAGGUUAAAGGUCUUAUAGUUUCUAUCAUUUCCAUACAUA